AUGGGAAAGAAGAAGAAAAAUGAUCAGGAAGCCAAAGUAAUUGUGGCAGAAUUCAACGUCUCAAUGCACUGUAAUGCAUGCGAAAGAACCGUUGCUAAAACUCUUUCCAAACUCAAAGGCGUGGAGAAGUUUACGACAGACAUGAACAAACACAAGGUUGUUGUGACGGGGAAGAUGGACCCACAAAAGGUUUUGAAGAAACUGAGGAAGAAGACAGGCAAGAAAGUAGAGAUUGUGGUUGACAAGGAAGAAAAACCAAACGAUGCGUCUGAUGAAGGCAAUUUGUCAAAACCUUUUUUUGACUGCUGCAAAGAGACUGAUAUUCUAAUGAUGUUUAGUGAUGAGAACCCUAAUGCUUGUUGCAUGAUGUAACCAAAGAUCAAAAUUCAUCAUGCGUUCGUCCGUCCGUUUCUCACAGAAAUAACACAAAAUUUAUAAA